GUCACAUCCGGUGAGUGUAUCGUUUGUUUGUUAGCGCUGCUACUAGUCGCUAAUCUCCUAGUGCUCCUCAAUUUGUUUUAUCCAACGGACACAUCGGAGAAUCGAUCCUAGGCUAGUUCGGCUCUCCUAGUGCUCCUUAUUUUGUUUUAUCCCACGAUCGGACAGAUCGUGGAUUAAAACUACUCUCCUCUCCUCUUUAGCUCUAUCUUGCUAGCCUAGCUUAUCCGAGCUAUGGCUAGCCCUCUGCCUUCGUCCUCCCGUCUUUUCUGCUCAGUGUGCUGUAUGUAUAGCGAGCACCCUGGCUCCUUCGUCGAGGACAGUAGUAGCUGUAGGAAGUGUAGCUUAGUCUCAGGGUUGGAGACCAGGGUUUCUGAGCUAGAAGCACGGCUCUGCACUCUAGAGACGAAAGCUAGUCCUAGCUAUAGCCAGGUAGUGGCAGGUCGUGCUUGCAGUAGUAGGAUUGCUAGCGCAGUUAGCCCCCCAGCGAGCCCCGUGCAGCCGGGGGAAAUUAAGGAGGGAUUUGUGACUGUACGGGGGAAGCGCAGUGGUAAACGCACAACCUUAGUGCACCAGCAGCUUCACGUCAGCAAUAGGUUUGCCCCCCUCAGCGACACACCGGCUGAACCAGACACUCUCGUAAUUGGAAGCUCCAUAGUUAGAGACGUGAAGCACCCGGCGGUGUCUGUCAGGUGUUACCCAGGGGCCAGAGUCGGUGACAUCGAAGGAAACCUCAGACUCUUAAAGCAGAGUAGGAAGAGGUUCCGCCGUAUCGUGAUUCACGCAGGCGGUAACGACGCCCGGCGGAGACAGUCUGAGGUGCUUAAAUUAAACGUAGCCUCGGUGUGUGAACUUGCUAAGUCGAUGGCGGACACCGUAGUUUUCUCUGGUCCUCUGCCUAAUUUGGUCAAUGAUGAGAUGUACUCUAGAUUCUCAUCAUUUAACCGCUGGUUGUCUAGAUGGUGCCCAGAAAACGAUAUAGUCUUUGUUGAUAACUGGCACGCGUUUUGGGGCAAGCCCGGGCUCAUGCGCCGAGACGGCAUUCAUCCGACUUGGGACGGUGCUGCUCUCUUAACUCGAAAUUUGGCCGCCAAACUAAGUCUCCCAAAGUGACACUUGAGAGUGGGGGCCCGGGCGCAGUGUUGUAGUGUAAAACAUAACACUGUUAGUAGUGACCACUCGCCUCUUUCCGAGCUGUCACAAAUCCAAAAUUCAGGACAGAAGAUAGAGACUGUGUCCGUGCCUCGUAUAGUGAACAGGGGAAAA